UAAUUGGAAAAUAAUAAGAGGAUUUAAAAUAGAUUUUAGAAAAUAUAGUAUUGGCAUAUUGAUUGGACGGUUUCUUUUUAAAGACGUCAAAUUUGAACUUUCUAAAUGGCCGCACAAACCUUUACAAAAAAAAAGUUUUGCGUUCUCAAAUUUGAAGCAAGGGUCGGAGAUGCAUGCUGACUCUCCUUUUUGAAAACCUCCAAGGCAAACAGUCCUUAACAGACCUUUUGGAAACCUGGACAUCAAAUUCAACCUCGCCCAUUGCUUUUUCUUUAAAGUUCUAACUUCACACUUUCUUCAAGAAUGGCUUCGGCCAUUUCUUGAAUUAGGUGGCUGGUGUGGCCAAGAUCCACAUUUUCUCAGCAAACUUUCCAGCCAAAUUUUGGUUUUCUUAUGAACUUGAGCUAGUGGGUGAAGCUUUACAAUGGGUACUCAAGUAGCAGAAAAGGUCUAUGUUGCCAUUGGAACUGAUCAACAGGAAGGGUUUUCUACUUUGGAAUGGGCACUAAGAAAGUGGUCUUCUCCUUCAAUCUCCAUAGUGAUUCUCUUUCUACAUGCAGCUAACAACACAUCCAAAGAUUAUGUUUACACCCCAUUGGGGAAACUUCCUGCAAAUUACAUGAGUGAUGAGAGAUCGGAAGGUAUUAGGAAGAUGAAAGAAGAGGAAAAUGACAAGUUACUCUCUAGAUACAAAGCUUUUUGUGGCAAGGUCAAAGCUGAAGUUUUGAAAAUUGAGAAAUGCAAUGAGCCUCUCCAGAAGCUCUUGCUGGAAGUGAUAUCGCGUUUUCGGAUAACCAAAUUGGUCAUGGAGAUUACACUCAUGAAGUCCUCAUCUGGAAAAUCUCACGGCGCACUUAGUGGAUCAUUUCAAAUUCAUCAUCGCAAACCGGAGUUCUGUCAAUUAUUCAUACUCAGUGAAGGGAAGUUGGUUUUCCUGAGGGAAGAAAAUAGUGAAGGAUUCAUAGAGGAUGAUCAAGGAGAUAGGGCUAAUGGAAAGGGUACUCUUGGAGAUUGGUCAGGGCAAAUAAAACCUAAUGAAAAAAAUCUAUGUCCCACAGCAUCAUCUUCAAUGCCUAGUCGUUCCCCGGAUCAAUGGGAAAAUAAUGUGGAAGAAAUUGAGAGUUAUUUCCAUCAACUGAUAUCUUUGAAUUCUGAUGAAGUAGGGCCAGAGGCAGAGAAUGAAACCUUGUGGAAUGGUCCAGAUGUGCAGGAAAGUAAGAGUGCUGGAGAUACAGUUGAGAUGUUGAGGAUUAAAAUUGGAAGAGCGCGUGAUGUGACUGAAUCCAAGAAAAAAGAAGCCAAGGCCAAUGUUGAAAGAAAUGCUAGAGCUGAAUGGGCUAUUUGCUUAUGCACACGUCGGUCUGAGGAACUUGAAGCUCGUAUAGAUGAAGAGAUUGCAACAAGAGUUGAUCUAAAGAAAGAAUUAGACAACGCAGAAGAAGAAGUCUGUGAAGUUCUAAAUGAAUUUGAAGGGAAGAAGGGUAAGCUUAGUUCCAUGCUGGAACUCCAACGCGAGCUCUCCAAUAGACUCCAACAAUCGUCCCUUGCAAAAUAUAGUGUUGAGGCGGAGCUUGAUAAGGCGGUGACUAAAAGAGCGGAGAUGCUUCGCGAGAUUGAGGAGUGGAGGAGGCAGAGAGACGUUUUGCAGCGUAGGAUUGAGUUUUGCAAGGAGAAGGACGCAAUAGGGAUGGCCAACCGGUUGACUGACUCGAGCUUCGAAUGUAAAGAGUUUACGGCUGAGGAGAUUAGGGUUGCCACAGAUAAUUUCUCGGAGCGAUUGAGGUUGAAAUCUGCUGGUGAUUCGACGAAUGUGUAUAGGGGGAAGUUAAACCAUACAGCAGUGGCAAUCAAGCUGUAUGAUUCAGAGAAUGGACUCUCUCAUGAAGAUUUCCAAGCGGAGGUGAAGGUCCUCAGCCAAAUCCGGCACCCACAUCUAGUUUCCAUGAUCGGAUUCUGCUCCGAGCCAAAAUGCAUUGUGUUCGAAUACAUGCACAACGGAUGCCUAAGGGAUGCACUAUUCUACGCCCCCAGAAGCUCUAGAGAUAGUAACCUCAAUUGGCAUGCCCGAGUACAAAUGGCUGCCCAAGUUUGCUCGGGCUUGGCCUUCCUUCACUCAGCCCGGCCUAGGCCCAUUGCUCACGGCAACCUCAACCCGUCCAAAAUCCUCUUGGAUCGCAAUCUUGUUGCGAAAAUCUAUGGCUUUAGGACUUCUUGGUAUUAUCUACCUAAUAUGGAAUCAGAUUUUUGGGCUUUUGGGAAUCUAGUGCUACAACUUCUGACCGGGAGGAAUUGGGCCGGGCUUGUUGACGAAGCGAUAGUAAUGGACCGAGCACACAUCGUUAAGGUUCUAGACGACGGGGCUGGGAAAUGGCCUGUGGACUUGGCUGUGGGACUUGCUGGGAUAGCCCUGAGAUGUCUAUCUGCUAAUGAUGGGCCACCAGACACGGAGUUGUCAAUGGCGACAGUGAAGAGAGAGAUCGACCUGGUGAGGAAAAAAGCCGAAGAAAUAAUGGCAGGCAGAGAGCAUGAGGCAGCCGCCGAAGGGGGUGAAGAGGAAGACUCAGAUGUACCAAGAGUGUUUAUCUGCCCUAUCUUUCAGGAUGUGAUGAAGAAUCCACACUUAGCAGCUGAUGGAUUUUCAUAUGAGCUAGAAGCCAUGGAGGAAUGGUUUAGGACCGGACACGAUACGUCACCGAUGACUAAUCUAAAACUUAACCACAAAUUACUCAUCUCUAAUCACGCCCUCCGUUCCCUAAUCCAUGACUGGCACAAUAAGAGAUCAAUUCCCCUUUCUUGAAAUGUCAAAUUGGCAUCUCUUUUUUUUUUUCCUUUCUUUUUCGAUAACUCGGCUGUCUGGGCCAGUUUACGAGCAUCUUGACUAAUUCCGAAGGCUCAAUCCACCGCUCACUUGCGGGAAGCCCAAUUAAAACCGGAGCAAAGCUUCUAUGUUUACAUUCUUGGGAUCCGAAGAGGAUGUCAGUUCCCCGGACACAAAUUCAAAAGAAAAUGUUGAUUUUCAAGACCUGGGUCAUGUUUCCUUGCAGAAAAGUUUGACAAUAUGUAAAGUGUAAACUACAAAAAUGGAGAAAUAUGGGGGUUUAUCAUUAGUCAUCUGUUUUCCCUUUA